CAAAUGCGUGAGCGGGACUGUCUAACCCUCUUACAGUCCCUCCCAAUAUCAGUUACGAUGUACUGAAAUUUUCAGUUUACUGGCUUUGUAGAAAAUGAUGGCAAAUGAGUAUACAUGAGGUGGAGAACUCAAGGACAGAAUAAUUUAAUUUUUAUUAAUUCGGAGUGCAACUUAUCCCUUCUCCAUUACAGGUUGACGUCAUUUGUACAGAGGGAGCAGAAGAGGGCGACACAAUACUUCUCACAUACAACGGUACAUUUGAAGAUGGCGUUUCGUUUGAUGCAACCAGACCCGGUACUUCGAUGAAUCUGACCCUAGGUCCUUCUCUGAUCCAGGGAUUCAACCUCGGAUUGUUCGGCGCCUGUAUCGGACAAACACGAAGAAUUUUUGUUCCUUAUCGUCUCGGGUACGGUGACGCCGGUGCUGGGGGUGUCAUUCCGCCUAAGACGGACAUCAUCUUCCUCGUCGGGGUACUCGACAUCUUCAAACCGGAACCAACAGAAACAGAAACGGAUUACGUUCACGAGGUCACUUACGAGAACACGACGGAAUUCGUCACAGUCUCCAAUGUGAUCGACGACUUCGACACCGGCGAUGAAACUAAUAACAACGUCAUCGAUAACAACCACGAGAAAGGCGACGGUGGUGGUUCUCGCGACCGGAAUGACCACGUCCGAAGGCGCCCUCAUCGUGGAAGAUCCUUCUGGUGGUACGUGCAGUUCCUGGCUAUUCCCGUCCUCAUCAUCCUCCUCAUCGUCGAUGCCUAUUACCUGUACAAGAUAUACUUUCCCCAUGGCCGUGUCAAGUUCUACAAGGUCAGGGACCAUGAACCUAAUGAUAUAGUCAACACUCUCUGAAAAAACAUCCAUGAGUUUCCGCUAACCUUGGUCCGUGAUUAAAUCCAGGGCUUACAUUCAGGAUAAAGGUCCAGUACAUUUUCGUACUCUGCAUCCUAGUCCAGCGCUGCCUGAGGGCACCGUUUCCCGAAGAUGUCUGCGUCUUUUGCCUAAGAGGCUGUAUAAACCUGUGCAUGCCUGAUGGACAAUUUGCUCUUGAUGAUGCUUUCUUCUGAUAUUUCCCUUGACCUUUUGAUUUUUUUUAUAUACAGAUUUUUUUGUCUGUGCUCAAUAUCUUUUCGUUCGACUUUAUACAUGUUAUAUCUACUUCUGAAUGUGAACAGCAUCGCAUAUGUCGUUGCUAUGGUUUGAUCAGUCAGUAUAGCAAGCCAGUCUUAAAUUAAUCACGGGGUCGGAUCGGUAUCUUAUAUGGCUCUAAACAUUAUAUUUUAUUAAUCGGUUGAGGCCAUGCACAGCACAAUGGCCGGGAAUGAGGUCCUGGGACUCAUGGAAGUUGUAAGACAAGUUGUCUUCCUCCGACAGUGACAAUUGUAACAGUUUUAGAGGGCAGUGCUACUGAGCCAAUCAACACCAAGGAUUUUACUGAAACUGUCAGCGUUAACAAAUCAAUCAGUGCUGACAACUUUCAUGAAAGAUCGCCUGAUGUGACCCCGAAAGGAGCAGAUCUGAUGCGGAGAUGGUAACAUCGGAACUUAUUCUCGGAUAUAAUUCCGUCAUUAUUCAACUCACCACCGGAAAAGGAGUUAUUCCUCCCAACGGAUGAUUUUCGAGUUAAUUCGCUUUCUGGCAAGUGCAAUUUCAACUCAACUUCAUUCUUGUGCCAUAGUGUCGUCGUAAAGCAUUGGACAUUCAAACUGACAUUUCUUUUUCUUUUUUACCAACAGAGAGAGAGCAUCAGCGUGGACAUUUUUUUAAACGUUAUACAGCCAGUCCAACGAAACCACUGACAUGUGUAAAAGCCUAAACUACGUUACCUGGAAUGGCUUAUCAUCGAUUGGAUUGAAGUUGAUUUCACUGACUAGCAUUCUAAUACCUCAGUCACAGUUGCUCUACGGCAGCCGCAAGGCAAGUCGAAAACAGCCGUUUUAACAUUUUUAG